GCUUCAGGACAAGUAUAGGCCAGGGGCUGCCUCUCAGGGGAGAGCCUUUCAGAAGGGCCUCCGUUGUCCGCUGGGACUCAGUUUCCCCAGGAAGGAGACAGCAACGCCCGGGCAGCUGUGGGAGACCAAACUCCACCGUGCCCAGGUGCUGGGCAGAUCAGACGCUCCCCUUGCAAUCUUGAUCCUGCCGUCCUGAACCCUGAACUUUGAGCCCUGAGAGCUGUCUCCUGGGAAAGCCUUGCUCCCCCCACCCCCGGGUUUUUGGCUCAUGUGACUCCAUUUCCAGGCACAGGGUCUUGACGGGUGGGGUGCCCCUGGGCGCACCAUCUUGGGAGGGGACAAGCCUCCCCUGCUCUCCUCACUUACUUCAGGGCCUGUACCUUGCCCUUGAUGUUAACCAUUUCCUAAUGAGAACUUUGAUAAAGGCUGGCGUUUAUCAUUUUAUUUAUUUAUUGGCUGUGCUGGGUCUCCGUUGCUGCGCAGGUUUUUCUCUAGUUGUGGCCAGCGGGGCCACAACAGUACCCUCUUGUUGUGCAGGCUUCUCAUUGCGUUGGCUUCUCUUGUUGCGGAGCAAGCGAGAGGGCUCCCUUGUGGAGCCAGUAUCUGGGGCGGUAGCCCAGAAGGUGGGGAGCUUCUGAGACUAUCCCAGGAUCGGCCACCAGGGGGCAGAAAAGUCGUAAAUAAAAAUAUAUAAUCUCCCUAGAAGAUGCUUCCACUGAACUCCUAGCAUCCUUAUGGUCUCGGUCUCUUGUCGGUUUGCAAUUCGUCCCAUUUUCCAGAUGAAAAUACUGAGACUUAGAAAGAAGGAAGCCACCAGCCCAGGUCUCCAUGGUUGUUGUUGGCAGUGCUGGGAAUGAAGCCUAGGCUGCCCAGAGGACGGGCACAUGCAGGGGCUGGCUAAGGUCAGAUUUGGAGGUUCAUGUCCUAGAACGGGAGAGGGUUGGGGUAGGGGGUGUUCCUAGUUGGGAAAACUGUGUUCCUCUGGGAUGCUGUGUGGCCCCAGGGAAGUGGCCUGACUUCUCGGAGCCUCGAGUUGGCUCCUCUUUUGCCGUGUGAGGACAAGAGUUCUGACCACCAGAGUUUGAGACUUGAUGGAGGUGCUGGGACUUCAGAGCCAGUGCAAUGCCUGGUUCCCCACCUUUCUCGAGCCGCCCCUACCGUGGCUCUGACGGUGGAGAGUAAGGGUCAGGAUGGGCCUCAGGGAGACAGGGACUCGGAAGCUCAGGACCCUGAGCCCCUCCCCAUGGUGCCCGGAACUCAGGGAGGGGACCCCACCUCCUACUUCCUGAGGCCCCGGCCACACCCUGCCCUGGGGUGCGCUGGGCAGGCCACUUCCUUCUCCCGCCGGGGCUGCAACCCCAGAGUCUGCUGGUAGGGGCGAGGACAGAGGGCGCAGGAUGGGUAGAUUCUGGACGACCCCCGGUCAACUCUAUCUUCUCGCAGCUCUGGUCCCAAGGCUGGUGCAGGCCCAACCCCUGGCCCAGCGGAAGUCGUGGCUCGUGGGGCUAGGGGCUGCGCUGGCCUUGCUCUUCCUCAUCUUUGUCCUCACCUUGGUCUAUGCCGUCUGGUGCCGGGAGUCCCAGGACAGCAGUGAAGAGAAGGAAGAGGAGACUGUGAGAAAGGAAAAGGGAGAUGACGACUGGGGGCUGGAACUGGAGGAGACAGAGGGGCCUCCGAACCAUGAAGCAAUGGCAAGUUCCUCCACAUGAAGUCUUCCCACUUAUCUCCUCCAGGCAGUCCUCCAGGGAUGCCCCAAUGCCUUCUCCACACCCUGUCAGCAAAGGACCUGGUCCUGAGGCCAGUAAGAUGACUCUCUGGGAUUCAGAGGUCUCAGAACCUGCCCCAAAUCCCUCUCAGAGGGCUCUCUGUGUGUUACCUGGUGGUUCUGUACCCCUUCCCAAGCUUAGUCUCCACCUGAUGAUUCUUCUUGAGCUUGGAGGGCACUCCUGGAGAAGGAGCCGCCCACAUCCCCCCAAACCUCCCCCCCCCCCCGCCCCCACACUGUCUCCUGUCUCUUAACCCAGUCCAUCGCAGGCAUCUUUUUACCCAGCGCCUGAUUUCUUUCCCCACCUCCAAUUUCUGUCAGCUUUUGGAUUUCAUCGGAGAAGGCAGGUCCUCCUGUUGCCCAGGUGUAAGCUCUUCAAGAGCUUUCUUUGAGUCCCAGUCCCUCUCCUGGCUGCUGUUCGCUGUCCCUGAACGUGAACUUUGAGCUGGCUCAGAGCGCAGGGCUGUUUCCUGGGAGAUGAGGGCUUCUCCUACCAUGUGCUGAGUUUCAGCACUUUGUCCUGCACGCUAGCACUCCCAGGGGGUGGGGUGAGGGUGCAGGGGUGGGAGUGGGGGGGGCGACACAGGAUCAUUACUCCCUCUUCCGGUCCUGCACUCCUGGUGGGGAGGCUCCAAAGAGAAGGAGAAGGGGCUGGAGUCCCCACUUCUUUGCUGUGUAUCCCGGAGCAAGUAACUUAACCUCUCUGUGCCCAAGAGCCUAGUUCUGUAAAAGGAAAGAAUAAAUUCUUCUUAAAUUGUCA